AUAUGGGCAAGUGUUCUAUCUGCGCUCUAGCUCUUCCUAGAUGAUGAUUCUAUUGCAGGUAGUUGGUUACCGAAUUCCUAUGAUCCUCUUGGUUCCUAGGAUCGUUCUCAUUUAUUAUUGUUUAAUUUUUCCCAGAAGAAUUUCGACAUGUGUUUUUCCGCAUUUUACCAUUUUAGAAAAUUAAGAUGAGAAUUCUUAUAAUGUUGACAGGCAUCUGUUAUGAAAAGUACGGACGUUGUGCCUCGCUUUGUCAUCUCUUCUUCGUAUCUUUUAAUUUCAUAUGCUCAGUAAUACAACGUUAUGUGCAUUGUUACCUCAGCGCCCGUUAAGUGUCGGGUGGUAGACAUUUGGGGGAAACAUCCGUAGCAGGAAAUACAGCUGCUGUGGGCUCAACGGUACAACGUUCGCCGGCUUACAGAUUUCUCUUUUUACGAAAAUUGGAAGCAAUCGAGCAUAUUGUGAAGUCACAUUGGCCCAAGUUUGUUAAAGAACAUAUAGGGUCAUUAGGCGUAAACAAACGCCAUCGCUCUUUGUGACAUUUCCGGUAUUUGAAUAAUAUCUGCUUCAAGUUGUAAUUUCCGACGCCAUCUUAUCCGCUCCACCACACCCCGCUCGGAGUGAAGUAAACAUUUUGAUGGGACAGGGUCGAUAUCGGCCCGUGGAUCGGGAAAACAGGCAAACUGGAACUCAUGGAAUUAGAAAAUAUUGUUGCGAACACAGUAUAUUUAAAAGCGAGAGAAGGUGGAGCAGAUAGUAACAAAGGAAAGAGUAAAAAAUGGAGAAAGAUUUUGCAGUUUCCUCACAUAUCACAAUGUAUAGAUUUAAAAAACAAAAUUGAUGUGAAAUACUCAUAUGUGGUGGACCGACAACCAAUUGGGAGACUGCUGUUUCGACAGUUCUGUGAAACUGCUUGCCCAGAGUACCAUCGUUAUAAUAACUUUCUAGAUUUGGCUGAACAGUAUGAAAUUGAAUCAGAUGAAAACAGACUGGAAUUGGCAGAGACUAUCUUUCAGCACCAUCUCCAGCCUGAUGUAAAAGAAGUAAUAAAUAUUAUAAAUGCUGAAACAAUUGAAAAUGUCAAGAAAAAAUUAAACGGGGCUAGUAAGGAAUUAUUUGUGGAUUGUAUGUCAGCUGUCAAAACUUUCCUCGCGGGAGAUCCUUUUAGGCAGUUCGAAUGUUCCAUGUAUUUUCAUCGCUACCUCCAAUGGAAAUGGCUCGAGAGUCAGCCAGUGACAUACAAGACAUUCCGGAUGUACCGUGUGUUGGGGAAAGGUGGCUUUGGGGAAGUUUGUGCAUGUCAAGUACGUGCUACAGGCAAAAUGUACGCAUGCAAGAAAUUAGAAAAGAAAAGAAUAAAGAAACGUAAAGGUGAAGCAAUGGUACUAAUUGAGAAACAAAUUUUGCAGAAAAUCAAUUCUCGUUUUGUGGUGAGUCUCGCAUAUGCCUAUGAAACAAAGGAUGCUCUCUGCCUUGUUUUGUGUGGUCUGGAGCAUCUGCACGUUCAAGGAAUUGUAUAUCGUGAUUGUAAGCCAGAAAACAUUCUUUUGGAUGACCAUGGUCAUGUACGCAUUUCAGAUUUGGGUCUAGCUAUGGAAAUUCCUGAAGGAGAUAUGGUUCGUGGCAGAGUUGGCACAGUGGGCUACAUGGCUCCAGAAGUUAUUGACAAUGAAAAAUAUACUUUCAGUCCAGACUGGUUCAGUUUUGGGUGUUUGAUUUUUGAGAUGAUUGAAGGUCAGGCACCUUUCAGGGCUAGAAAGGAAAAGGUAAAGAGAGAAGAGGUUGAUAGAAGAGUAAAAGAAGAUCAAGAAAAGUACUCUCAUAAAUUUAGUGAAGAUGCUAAAUCGUUGUGUCAACAGUUGCUGAAGAAGUCUCCAAAGACACGAUUAGGUUGUCAUUAUGGACGCCUUGGAGCUAGAGAAGUGAAAUGUCAUGAAUUCUUCAAAUAUAUGAAUUGGAAACGUCUGGAAGCAGGCAUGUGUGAACCACCUUUUAUGCCUGAUCCUCAUGCUGUAUAUGCCAAGGAUGUUUUGGACAUAGAACAGUUCUCAACUGUCAAAGGUGUCAACCUGGAUGCCACAGAUGACACAUUCUACAGCAAAUUCAACACUGGCUCAGUGUCGAUACCCUGGCAGCAAGAGAUGAUAGAAACAGAAUGUUUUAAAGAACUGAAUGUGUUUGGACCCAACAAUACUCCUACGCCAGAUCUUAUUAUUGAUGCAAUGCCAGAACCCGAGAAGAAAGGUUGCUUUCCAUUCCGAAGAAAGAAAAAACAGCCUGAUCGCUUGCGACCAGUCCCAGUGGCUGAGCAUCUUCUGCAGGAAGGAGCCCCGCCAGCUGAGGAAGAGCAUAGCUGAUGACCAGGGGCACCUGCUGCUAGCAGCAGCAGCAGCCAGGAGAUUCUAUCAGCUGGGCCUGAGGGCAAUGUUGCCCGGGACCCCUGCGAGCCUGUCUCAGAGGCCUGUCCUGCCAUGGUGCAGCAUGACCACAGUGGCGAUCUCAGUACCAGUAGCACCAAUGGUAGGUUGAUGUCCAGCAGUGCUCCUAACAGCAGCAGGAGUGGUACAGAAUUGGUGAGUAAUGCAGGGAUGACCACAGAAGCCCACAUGCUAGCAAACAGCCAAAAUCAUGCUGAUGGCCACCAGAGAUCUGAGCCUGCCUGUCAGUUGAUGACUGAGCAGGCUGAAGUGUUGAAUGAGGAUGUAAGCCUUGCAAGGGAUUGCACUGUAUGAUAGGGAAUGAUUACUUCAUGGAACAUGUAUGGAUAGUGCAAUGGGAUUCAGAAUUAAAAUUGUAAAAUGGUUAUGUUCAUUUUCGGUGACUAAUCUUGAACACAUGUGAAUCUGUGAAUGAACUUUCCUGGAGAAGUUCUUUUUUUGUGUGUUUGAAAUACCAAUUUUACAGAAAGUAUUGUUUUUAUCCAGUUUACUAAAUGUAACUGGCAAUCUUUGUAGAUGCAUUUAAUUUGGUAAGUUCUGUAAUGAGUUUGACAUAAGAAGUAAGAUAGUCUGGUCAGUGAAUGCUUGCAGCUUACAAAUGAUUUCAAUUUCUUGAGGUACAAUAUCUUUAGAUGAUAGGUAUGUACAGAUCUGUAAGGAAGUAAAAUCAUGAAUGUGCCAAAAUAUUUGUAAGUGAAUUGUAACUCUGUCUCUGUAACAGAUUUCUGUGAAUUUGUAUUGUACAACUUAGGAGUCAUUCCCCCUAGAGUUACAGGUAUACAACCAAAUGAUUUUUUUUUUCUUUCUUAGAGGUAAUGGUUUAACUGUUCCUAUUUCUUUUGUUAUAUUAGUUUAUAUUUCACUCUUUGGGGUGAAUGUUGAUGAUGGUGAUGUAAUCACUGCCAGUUUUUAUCAAAUUUUACCUGAGUUUGUUGCAUUCAGGAGAAUUUUGGCUGAAGAGUUAAGUAUUUGGAUUUAUUAGAUGGUAGGAAUAUUUAUUGAGUGGAGAUGCUGUAAUAUGGAGACAUUUUAUGAUUCAGGGUUUAUGUGAUCGUUUUAACGUGCUGUACAAUUGUGUGUACUCAAUAUGUUUGUCCAUAAUUUAUUUUGUUAUGGGCAAAAGUUUUACAAUUGCUUCCGUAUAUCAGUAUUUUAUGUUACAGUUUCUGUGAUUAUUGAGAAUUAUGUACUCUUAACACAAAAUCAGACUGAUGAAUAUAUUAGUGAAAUCAACAUUUUAUUUUUAUUUUUUGAAUACUUACACUUUCCCCUCCAGAACAUAUUUUAUGUACCUGAUGUCUUGGCCUGUAUCAUCCUUCUGUGCAGGUGUAUGCAUUGGCAUAUGCAUCAGUGCUUCCUACAUUUUACAAGCCGAUUAAUCCUUUUUAAUGUGGUGUUGUUUUCCCAGUGUCCACUUUUUCAAAACUGUAGUGUUUUUCCAAUUCUAGCAAAAUGCUUCUUUGUACACACUUACAAAAUUUUGUUUUUGAUGCAAUUUAUAAAUAAAAAAGCCAUAAAUGUGGAUAUUUCUUUUUCCUUCGGUAACUCAAUGAACACCAGCCUAAUAUUUUUAGUGUUUUCCAAAAUUCUUUCUCAUAUAACUGUGAAAUAGUCACCAAACAAUUAAGUUCUGCAAGACCCAACUGAUUAAGAAAACUUUGCAUCCAAGGCAGUCGUAUUCAUACAAAAUACUCAAAUUUAAUGUUCAACUGCAUAGCUUAUUUAUGUUAUUGGGUGAUUUUCUUGUCUAAAAUUUGAUAGGAUAAAUAGAACUUUUCUAGAUGUACAUUGUUUUGUUGGUAUUCUCUGUUAGUCACAUCACCUAAUUAGAAAAGCGAAAAUGUUGGUGUAAACCAGACAAAAGAAUUUUGGAAAGUCUUUUUUAUCAACAGCUUUGAAUGUGAAAUUUAAUUUUUAUAGUAAGUGAACAUAUUCAGACAUGGUCUCAAUUAGACAGUUUUAAAUGAGGUUUCAUAUGUGGCAGUUUUGCUAAUUAUGAGAUAAUAUUUCAAAACUUUUAGUGAAAACCAAAAAAAAAAAGUGACACUGUACUGGUAAAGUUUGCCCCGUUGUGAAGCAAUCCCAAUGAUUUUGGAAUAUGAACUGAAACUUCAUUGUGGAUAGGCACUUGUACAUUACCUGAUAAUGUUACUUUUGAACAUCAAGGACCAUCUAGUUAAUGUGUACCCUGUGGUUGAAAUACAUUUAUUUAACAAAAGCUUUCUUUUGGUAUUUAAAUUUAUUUGGAACAAUGGGAGUGCUAAAUUAUGGGGUGGAGAAAAUAGAAAAUGUAGUUUGUAUAAACAAGUAUUAGAUAGAAUGAGUGGUGCAUUGGGGAAGAUUCACACUUGCUCAGUAGUGUUAAAUCAAUAUCAAUGUUCUCUUUUAAGGGCAAGCAAGGCAGUUCACUUAUUAGCACAUACCAAUUUUCAACUUUCUUUUGUGCCUUUUAAGAAGUCCUUUUAUACAAAUUGUAAGAAUUAUGUAACUUUCAACAAUAAUGAUAAAGGAUAAUAUCUAAUUCUGGAAGAAAGGGUGAAGAAUGAUUGUAUAAAAUUUGGACUAUGUCAAAAAUGUAUAAUUUGGCUAGAUCUAAGAAAAUCAAAUUAUUCUUGUUGUGCAAAUGGGUUAAGUAAGCAGUGAAAUAAAUUUUCUCUGUAAAAGUGGUUUUGUGUGCGAAUUUUGUUUUAGUAACAAGAUUUUACCUUUUUUGUUUAAUACUGUAUUUAAGAUAUUUUUGGAAAUGUGAUAUUGACUUUGUAGUACUACAAAUCACCAAUGUUCAAUAUCCAAUUGAAUUCUACUGAACAGAAAAAUUAAAACCUUAGGAGUGAAGAUGAAUUAUUAGAGUUUUAAGUUUUUCUUUACAUUUUGUACUUAUGUUCUGAAGAGGUGCUGUGAUGUGUCUGAUUGCAUUUUGUAAAUUUAUUUGAAAGUUACUCAUGUUUCUCAUUAGAAUGUAAUGAAUGCAAACAUUGUGUUCAAAAAUUUAAAUAUGUAAUCCUAAAAUUUUCCACCACCACCACCCCCCCCCUCCCCCCAAAAAAGAAGAAAAAAUUAAAAAAUUAAAGAUAGGAACUACAAGGUUUCCAGGAGUAAAACCGACAGACUUGUUUGAAACACGAAAAAAAAAUAUCUUGAAAAUCAAUUACUGUGGGAGAGAAGGAAAAUUGUUAAAAGUAGUAGGAUAUGUGCAGUUUCUGUGUGAUUCAUAUAAGAGCAGUGUUUCUCAACCUUGCAAGAUUGAUGCUCAUUGAUCUUUUUGAAUGCAUGGGCCUAAGACAUUUUUUAUUUAUAAUAAAGUAACAUACUAUAAGGAAAUGGUACUCAUGUAAGGAAGAGAAUUACUGUAUUUUCAAGAAAUAUUAUGAAAUAAAAAGAGAUUGUUUAAAUUCCGGUACUCUUGUUAUCUUGAAGUGUAGUUUCCAGGAGUUCAAUUUCGUUUAUUUAACAUUAAUUUUUUCAGGUAUUCUGAGUUCGAGGUUUUAUGAACUCGAAUAUUGUACUCUCAUUGCACUGCAUAGAAUUAUGUGGUACUUUUGAUAAAAAUAUUAAGUAGAACUUAAAAAAAAAAGAAGAAGAAGAAAUCUUUCAAACUAAUCAAAUUGAUAACUGAGCUUUGAGGCUAUAUAAAUAUAAAGGGCCAUGGUGCGAUGGUUAAGGAACACUGCCCUAAAACUCUGCUUUCAUUUUAUGUGAAGUUUUUAUUAAGUAUAUGAAUACAGAACAAGUGCAAUAAAGUAAUAAAUUCCUUUUUUUGUUACAAAAUGAAAUGUAAAUUGUUUUCAUUGAAAGCAAAUUACGCUUCAUAUUUUCUUUAAAAUGAAGGUAAUUGAAUUUUCC